CUGCCCCAUAGUUUCCACGGAGCGCCUGGCGGAUUUGAACUGCCGACCUCUUGUUUAGCAGCUGUAGCACUUAACCGCUUCACCACCAGGGUUUCAUUCCCCGGCCCAGGCACCUCCUCUGACCACCCUGCUGUCUUUCCAGGUCCUAGCUCCUUCGAAGAUCCGUUUCAGGACGUCUGGCCCGUGACGCUGCGUCCCAAGGGGCUGGGGCGGACACGAGGCCUGGGCAGCGGCUGCUACCGCCUAUGUCUGGGUUCGGGGACACUGAGCCUGCUGCGGAAGCCCGAGGGCAGAAGCUCCGGGGACAUCCAGGCACCUCCGGCCCUGCUCCUGCCCCUGCUCAGCGUGCGCCGCUGCGGCCACGCAGACUCCUUCUUCUUCCUGGAGCUCGGGCGCUCGGCGCCCAUGGGUCCCGGGGAAUUGUGGCUGCAGGCACCCGACGCUGUGGUGGCCCAAAGCAUUCAUGAGACCGUCCUAGCCUCCAUGAAGCGACUCGCGGGCGGUGGUGCAGGCGGCAGGGUUGACCCAAUGCCGAGGGGACCCCCGACGUGCGCCUCCAGACCCUCUGUUCCCCAACUUUAUGAGACCCAGGCCUCCGCGGCCCAAUCAGGCGGCUUGAGCCGUCGGCGGUGUUUGGGUGAGAGGAGCGAGCAAACCACCCUGAAGACCCUGACCAGGCUGGGGCCGGCAGCCUCGUACCCCCAGGGGUUGGAGCGGGGCAGAGGCUACAUAACCGUGGGAGCCCGGAGUGACUAUGAGCCCAUGGGGGGCGGCGAAGCCAGCGGCUACGUGGUGAUGGCGCCCCCGCGCAAUCACCCGGGCCCUCCGCCUGCUGCCAACGCUGCUCCUCGCCCGCCGCUCUGGGCCUGGGGGGGUACGGAAUACGAGCCCAUGAGCCGUUUUCCACCAGGGUCCUCUUCCUCGACCUCCCUGCCCCGUUCCUACAAGCCCGGGACCGUGGAACCUGGACUUGAGCUCCAGAGCACCCAUCAUGGCGUCGGAGGCAGCCUGGGACUGGCGGGCGCUCAGCCCCGCUCGAAGCCGCUGUCCGAGCUCGCCGGGGAGUACGUGCGCAUCGGGUACGGGGCCCCCGACUACGUGGCAAUGGGCACUGCCAGGCCGAAGCCCUCCGACGGCCGCCUCAACUACGUGGACCUCGACCUGGUCCCGCCUCAGGAGGAGGGCGGCGACGCCCCUGCGACCGGCACCGACCGCCCGCACAGCUACGCGCGCACUGCGUUCCAGAAGCUCUGGGAAGCGUCGAGUUCGUGCAGCGUCACUAGAGAGCCUCAGGUCGGCCGUGACCCCUCACCCUGCUGCUGCUGA